UAACCAUUUACAAUUUAAUGGAGUUCCACCCUCAAGCUGCCCUUUGACAUUUGAGAUAUCAGAUGCAAUUAAUGCUUCACUGCUCUUUAAUGUAGGACUCGCUCUCAGUCUGUAGUGUUCUCGACAUUAAAGAUAUCAAAAGCACAGCAAACUCCAAUGGGCCUGCACAACUCUCAUCCGAAGCUUUACCCUGGAGAUAUCAUUGAGUUUCCUGGCAACAAGUAUUUUUCUCAUUUUGGAGUUUACUAUGGGGAAAGGGACGGGGUUCCUUAUGUGGCCCAUUUGACAAUCAAAGAUUCUGACACAAAACUCCUACUUUUCGGCCGAGCUUUAAACUCGGCAAUAAAGCUAGAUCCAGUCGAUGUAGUUGGGAAAAAAUACAAGGUAAGAAACUAUUUGGAUGACAAGCACCCACCACGAGACUUCUACUCUCACAUUAAACCUGAGAUCGACGACGCCAUGACAAAACCCAUCACCUUUGACAUCCUGUUCAACAACAGUGAACAUCAGGCCACAAUGUUACGCUACGGGGUCAAAAAGUCAGAGCAGAUUGAAAAAGUCUAUUCCAAGAUAGUUCCCACCUGGAAAGACAUAUUUGAGAAGAAAAAGGUUUGAGAGACAGCUGCAUGCCGCAUGGUUUCAGGAGACACAAGAGUUCAAGAUUAUACAAAAUCUAAUAAAAUUGGAACUGUAAAAGAUAUAUAUGUAUUCUUUCGGCAAAUAUGACAUAGUAAGAGUCAAAAAUUUUAUUAUAAAGACUCUGUAUAAAUAUAUGCUAUGUAUUCCCCACAAUAAUAUUUAUACAAAACCUUUAUUUUUAUGAAUGUAUUUUGGUAUCUAAGUGUUGGGUGCUCUUGCCAGUCUCACAAAUCUCCACAAGAAGGCAGUACAGCAUAAAGUUUGAGUUUAUUUGUGUGUAAACGACCAGGAACAUUUACCAGUUCAAUGUCUCUUCACAUAUUGCAAGCUGUUUUAUACACUGAAAGUAAUAUCUCAUGUCUUACUCAUAUGUAAUGUAUCAAAUUAGGAAACUGAAAUUUGUCUCUGGCCUUUAAGAUCAAGAUAUAUGUGGUUUAUACUCUUUUUUUUUUUUGUAUCAUAUGCAAAGUCAUUUUGUAAAAUUAGAAAAUGCUAAUUAAAAUGGCUUUAAAGGAAA